CCCACGUGCAGAGGGACUGACAUACACAAGCAGCUCACAGGCAGGGGGGAAGCUCUGGGGCUUAGGAUGCUGGAGGAGCAAAGUGGCAGUGGUACUGGCUUAUAGGGCAGGGACGUGUAACAAACUCAGGCUGAAAAGUGCCAGGAAGCCCUGACAAUAUUCCCAAGAAGCCCUGGGAGCAACAAAAAAUUUGUCCAGGGAGAAAUCAAACCAGCAUCACUGCACUGCUUGCUGCGGCUUUAGAAUGGCCGAAAGAGGGGAUUCACUAGAUAACAAGUGCCGGAGAGCAAUGGGACAUGAUAUCUGCCUGUACUUCAUCACAGUAUGAACUACCAAUGCAGCCGGUAGCAAUUCACAUCACUUGAUCUCCUUCAGCCAUGGCAUGUGCUAUACAAGUGCACAGAAGUGGGAAAUAUCACCUUGUUUUAGGGCCAUUCUGAAAUAGUUUGUUUCUGCAUUUGGUCAAUUCACUGUUCACAUCAAUCAGACAGAGGAGCUUGCAAUCUACUUGUUUUUGUCCACAAGGAGUAAGUUGGGGAACAUGAACUGCUGCAAUAGCUACUAGCUUAGCAUAUUUGGUGCCUGGGAGACAGUUUCUAAUGCUAUGGCAUUGGCACUCUGGCAACUUUAGCAUGGCGAGCUCAGCAUGCCUUCGGCUAGCAUGGCACUCCCCACAUCCCUGCCUGAGCCACUGCCCAGAAGCAUUUUUAGGAAGUUUGUUAUGAUGCUUUGUUCCCUUCUCAUGUCCCUCUAUGUCUUCUACUGCCUGGCUGAGCAGUGCCAGAGCCUUCCAGGACCCAUCAUUCAUGCCUCUGAAGAAGAGGAAGGUGGGUAUCAGGAGUCGGAUAUAACCAUCUGGCAGUCAGUGAAAAGGAAGAAGCUGUUGCAGAAGAUGAAGGAGCAAAGAUGGACACAGGGCAAGGGAGCCCCCUGGAGCCGACAUUUCCUCAGCCGUGCAGUAGUCUAUGCCCACGCUGGGGUAGAGAACAAGGCAAGAACACCCAUGCUUGAUAGCACCCUGAUUCCCUUGGGAGAAGGCAGCAAGAAUCUGCCCCAAGCUAUCAUUAUCGGAGUGAAGAAAGGGGGCACCCGAGCUCUGCUGGAGUUUCUCCGGAUCCACCCAGACAUCAGGGCGGUUGGGGCUGAACCCCACUUCUUUGAUCGGAAUUAUGACAAGGGACUGGAGUGGUACAGGGAUCUGAUGCCCAGGACACUGGAUGGUCAGAUCACCAUGGAGAAGACACCCAGCUACUUUGUAACUAAGGAGGCUCCAGCACGGAUCUCAUCCAUGUCUAAGGAGGUCAAGUUGAUUGUGGUUGUUAGAGAUCCUGUAACACGAGUUAUCUCUGACUACACCCAGACCUUGUCCAAACGGCCGGACAUCCCUAGUUUUGAGAGUCUGACUUUCAAAAACAGGACUACAGGUCUUAUAGACACAUCUUGGAGCGCCAUACAAAUCGGCAUCUACGCCAAGCACUUGGAGAACUGGCUAUUGGAUUUUCCCAUUGCCCAAAUACUGUUUGUGAGCGGAGAAAGGCUCAUUACGGAUCCUGCCGGAGAGUUAGGGCGGGUACAGGAUUUCUUGGGGCUAAAGAGGAUCAUCACCGACAAACACUUUUACUUCAACAAGACGAAAGGCUUUCCGUGUCUGAAAAAGGCAGAGGGGAGCAGCAAGCCACAUUGUCUAGGGAAAACUAAGGGUAGAACUCACCCCAACAUAGACCCUAAAGUGGUGCAAAGACUGCGGGAAUUCUACCGGCCUUUUAACAUGAAGUUCUACCAAAUGACUGGACAAGACUUUGGUUGGAAUUAUUAAAGAGAUAAAGUAUAAUAUAUAUAUCUAUUUUUCUAAUACGUAACUGGAAAACAAAUACAAUGCUUGAUGCCUCUUGGAAAUGAAUGGUCAACCCCAAUGUACCUCUGUUGUAUGUUAAAUUCCUCGAAUGUAAAGCAAACAUGGAGUUUAAAUGAUUUCCAGGACACUAAGGGCAAGUCUAUUGCAACAUGAGACUGUGGUCAAUGAUGUCUAGUGUAUCUUUUAUUUCUGCAGCCAGUACCUAUAAUUGCUCUGAUAAAUAAGUAUAUAUGUAUAUCCCUGUUAUAGUUUUCCAAGAGGAGGAGAAAGAUCAACAGCAAAAGUUCAAAAUUUCAUUGAGCUGUUUUAUACUAGAAAAAGAUUUAAACCUCAUAUUUAUUCUUUCUGAAAUUAGGCUAUUUUUAUAUCAGAAUUAACAUGUUUCAUAAUUAAUCACUACCCCCCUUCUGAAAUGCCCUUUUAAAAAAAAAUUGAACCCAUUAUAUCUCGAGUGCCAGUUUCAAUAAACCACAUUUUUUUUCCAA